CACACACGCACACUUCAACGCCUCUGCUCAGUGGAACUGACACACUCAAAUAGUUAAUGAUUCCACAGGUGGUCAGGCUUUCCUGAAUUUAGGAAUGCUUAUGAGUGUCCCUCUUUCCCAGGUCUGUGGAUCGUUCACUGCAGAGGUGGGCACCCAUCAGCAUGUAAAGCUGCACCAUGCCUACACCAAUGUCAUUGGCCUCGGCGACUCCAGCACCUGGAAGGUCCCUUUCUUCCCACGUUAUAUCUACCUGUUUGUCCUGCCCCUGGCAGUGCCUGUCAUCACACCGAUCGUGGCAAUGGGGUUGAUCCAGGAUCUACCAGCUCUCAUUGUCCUGAGGACCCUCUCCACCAUCUCGCUGGGUGUGUGGCUACACUGCUGGUUCCUGAUGAAUGUAUCUGGUUUCCGCUCACUGCUCUCUGCAUUUCUCUGCAUGCUGUUGUACAAAGGCCUUUACUCCAUUCCGUAUAUACACGUCAAUAUAUUCCAGCAUAUCGGCUUGGCAAUGUUCUCCCUGGAUAAGAAGCCGAAGAGGAUCUACCAGAUGGCCUAUGGGGUGUUGAACCUUCCUCGGAAUCCGCUCCUGGACUGGUCAUUCGGACACUCGCUCAUCAACUGCCAUGUGGAGCACCAUCUGUUCCCCACACUGUCCGACAACAUGUGCCUCAAGUUGAAGCCUAUUGUAUCGAACUACUUCAAACAACAUAACAUCCCUUAUAACGAGGACAGCUACCUGUCUCGCCUUCGCCUGUUCAUCGACAAGUACGAAGAGCUGAUGGUCAAUGCGCCCCAGCUCACUGAGUUAGUUGGGGUUCAGUGACAGACUUUCAUUGGUUCCAGUCCCUUCAACAGUCAGCAACAACAUGAACACCCCAACAAUACUGCACCUCACAGAACUGGUUCAUGGGAGUUACACAGUUGCUUAAAGGGGACUUACACAAGUGUCUAAUAGGGAAUUACAAAAUUGUUCAAUGAGGAAUGAACUGUUUAAUGGGGAAUUUAAAAAAUGGUUUGUGGAAA